AUGGUCGGCGUCAUCCCUGCCAAGACCGGCACGGUGUCGAGCAAGGACUAUGAGGAUCUGGUGCUCAAGCUGCACGACAUCCAGGCCGUGAAGUUUGGCGAAUUUAAGCUGAAGAGCGGCAUCACUUCCCCAGUCUACGUCGACCUGCGUGUCAUUGUAUCCUACCCCGAUGUCCUCCUUCGGGUGGCUGAGGCCAUGUGGGACCGUGUGCAAACGGCCAGCUUCGACGUGAUGUGCGGCGUGCCCUACACCGCACUGCCCAUCGCCACGGCCAUGUCGCUGCAGCACGGCACGCCCAUGCUCAUGCGGCGCAAGGAGGUCAAGGACUACGGCACCAAGAAGGCCAUCGAGGGCGCUUUCCUCCCCGGCCAGACCUGCCUGGUGGUGGAGGACCUGGUCACCUCCGGUGCCUCGGUGCAGGAGACGGUGGCCCCGCUGGAGGCCGAGGGACUCCAGGUCCGCGACGUCGUCGUGCUCAUCGACCGCCAGCAGGGCGGCGCGGCGCGCCUGGCAUCCCAAGGCCUGACCCUGCACUCCGCAUUCACCCUUUCCUUCAUCCUGGAUGUGCUGGUGGCCGCGGGGCGGGCCCGCGCCGAGCUGGCCAAGAACGCGCAGGGCGCGGAGCUGUUCCGGCUCAUGGCCCGCAAGCGGACCAACCUGUCGGUGGCGGCCGACGUGGAGAGCGCAAACGACAUGCUGGCUCUGGCGGACGCGGUGGGGCCCCACAUCUGCGUGCUCAAGACCCAUGUGGACGUGUUUGACACCUGGACCCCCGACCACGCCGCCAAGCUCCAGGCCCUGGCCGCCAAGCACGACUUCCUCAUCUUCGAGGACCGCAAGUUUGCGGACAUCGGCAACACUGUGGUCAUGCAGUACGGCGGCGGCGUGUACCGCAUCGCCGACUGGUCUCACAUCACCAACGCCCAUCUGGUGCCCGGCCCUGGCAUCAUCGACGGGCUGCGGCAGGUGGGCGCGCCCCUGGGCCGCGGCCUGCUCCUCCUGGCUGAGAUGAGCAGCAAGGGCACACUGGCGCGCGGCGAGUACAGCGCGGGCGUGGUGGCGGCCGCGGAGGCCAACCAGGACUUUGUCAUGGGCUACAUCUCCGUGUCCCCCGCCUCCUGGCCCGGCGGGCCCGGGUCCCCGGGCCUGGUGCACAUGACCCCGGGCGUGCAGCUGUCGGCCGGCGGCGACGCGCUGGGCCAGCAGUACAACACCCCCGCCUCGGUGAUCGGCGAGCGCGGCAGCGACGUCAUCAUCGUGGGGCGGGGGGUCAUCGCGGCGCAGGACCCCGCCGCGGCCGCGGCAGAGUACCGCCGCGCGGGGUGGGAGGCCUACAAGGCGAGCCUCUGA